GAUAAUAAUUGGAGGGGUCCCACAAUUCUUAUCAUGGAUAGAAUAGAAACCCCUUUGUCCCUUCCCAAGAUCUAAUCUCCUCUUACCUUUCUUUACAUUAUAGACACUGCAACCCUAAUCUUCAAUUUCUCUUCUUUUCCUUCUUAACAACAAUAAUUAGAUCUCUCUCUUUGAUUUCACUUCAGGGUCAAAUUCAGUGAGGAAUGCCACCAAAAUGGGGAAGAAUGCAAAUUGGUUUUCCAAUGUGAAGAAAGCUCUCAGCCCUGACUCAAAGGAAAACAAACACCAGAAUUCAAGUGGAUCAAAGAAGAAAUGGUUUGGGAAGAAAAAAUUACAGACUCAGGACUCAUACUUAGAAACUGAUAAUGCACCUCCUCCUUCUCCUCCUCCUGAGGAGAUUAUUUUAACCCAUGUUGAGAAUAUUGAAAACAAUCAUGAUCAUGUUGAAGUUGCAACAGAUUUGGAUGCUGAGGUACAUGUUCCUGCUGUUCAAACACAAAUUGCUGAAGUUCAAGUCACUGCAGUUGUUCAGUUUGACAGUAAAGUAAAGGAUGAAGUUGCAGCAACCAAGAUUCAAACAGCUUUUCGCCGAUACUUGGCAAAAAGAGCUUUGCGGGCUUUAAGGGGGCUGGAAAGGUUAAGAUUGCUAAUGGAAGGGCCAGUUGUAAAGCGUCAAGCCAAUAGUACCCUCCGCUCUAUGCAGACGUUAGCUCAUGUGCAAUCGCAGAUUCGUUCAAGGCGGCUCAGGAUGUUAGAGGAGACUCAAGCUCUGCAAAAACAACUCUUACAGAAACACACAAAAGAGCUAGAGAGCAUGCAGAUUGGAGAGGAAUGGGAUGAAAGUCUACAAUCAAGAGAACAAAUUGAAGCGAAGUUACUAAGCAAGUUUGAGGCUGCUAUGAGAAGAGAAAGAGCAAUGGCUUAUUCGUUCACUCAUCAGAAAAAUGGGAAGAAUUCAUCGAAAUCUAUUAACCCAAUGUUCAUGGAUCCAACCAAUCCUACUUGGGGAUGGAGCUGGCUGGAACGUUGGACGGCAGCCAGGCCGUGGAAGAGCCAAAGCCUAAUUGAAAAAGAGAAGAACAACAAUUCAGCUGUAAAAAGUUUAAGCCGCGGCAUUACCAGCGCUGAAAUCAGCAAAUCAUUUGCUCGUUUCCAGCUCAAUUCCGAAAAUCAUUCUCCAACAGCCAGCCAAAAUCCAGGUUCGCCGAACUUCCAUUCAAAUUCAAAGCCUCCCAAGCCAGCAGUUGGCAAAAAACUGAAUAAGGCAAGCCCAAAGGAGAGUUGUAUUAUCGAUGAUGAUACCAAAAGCAUGAUGAGUGUGCAGUCGGAGCGAGUUCGGAGGCACUCCAUUGGUGGAUUAACAGUGAGGGAUGAUGAAAGCCUUGCAAGCUCUCCAUCAGUUCCAAGUUACAUGGUGCCAACUAAAUCUGCAAAAGCUAAGUCCAGGUUGCAAAGUCCAUUAGCUGCAGAGAAUGGAACAGUACCAGAGAAAGGGUCCGUUGGAACUGCAAAGAAACGGCUUAGUUUCCCGGCUUCGCCUGCCAGAUCAAGGCGGCAUUCAGGUCCACCGAAGGUAGAAAGCAGCUUAAUUGCAGAAAUUACUGUUGGCAGUGGUGUGGCUGGUUGAUUAUAUAAUAAUCAGAGGAAAAAGAAUGCAAAGCACUCCUUUAGUGUUGGAAUUAUAUCAUGGAAGAAAUAAGACAAAAGUUGAUUUGAAGUUUCCAUUUUUUAUUUUAUUUAUUUAUUUAUCCAAAUUUAUGUGUAGCUUAUCAUUUCUUUGAGGUUGUUGAUUUGGGGGGUAAAAUCUGUUUUCUUACCGUGUUUAUCAAUUUGUCUUUUCAUGAAUUUAUUUGAUUACAAAUGUGGUUCAUGAUGGUAUUAUGGCAGAAGAACAAGUCAGCUGUCGAAAAUCCUUUGGGAACUUUCCCAUUUGGAACUAUUAUCAUUUUAUUUUCUUCAUUCUUGUGAUAUAUAAUGUAUAUUUAAUUACAUUGUCGUAA